AUGGCAACAGAUACGGUUCCCAGGCAGAAAUGGUGGAAGAUGCAAUGGUAUUCCGAUGAUGACACGCCCGAGGAGCGCAAAUUCAUCAUCAAGCUGGAUCUGAUAGUGGUCCCGUAUGCCGUCCUUGCAUACUGGGUAAAAUACAUAGACCAGGCAAACUUGAACAAUGCCUACGUUGGAGGAAUGAAGGAGGAGCUUGGUUUCAAAGGAAAUGAGCUCGUGGAACUCCAGACGAUGUACACUGUUGGCGCUGUUGUAGGCAUGGUACCCUUCAUGUUUAUCUUCACUUAUGUCCCUAUGUACUGGACUAUUCCAGCCAUGGACGUGCUUUGGGGACUAUUCACCCUGCUGCAAUAUCGCGCACACUCGUUCGGAGAGAUGGCUGCCUACCGCUUCUUAGCCGCUUUCUUCCCGGCAAUGCAUUAUGUAUUCGGCUCUUGGUAUCGAGGACACGAGAUAGCCCGAAGAGGCGGCAUCUUCUACACGGGCUUGAACCUCGGAACUCUGACGGCCGGUCUCAUCGCAGCCGGAGCCUCGCACCGCCUGGAAGGAGUUCAGGGGAUGUCUGGCUGGAGAUGGAUGUACAUCAUCUGCGCCAUCAUCACUAUUCCUAUUGGGAUCCUCGGCUAUUUCUUGUUGCCAGGCACCGUCGAACAGCCAAACCGCUGGAUACUCAACGACCAUGACAUCAAGAUCGCCAAAGCCCGACUCGAGCGCGGUGGCCACGUCACCCGGGGGAAGUUCAAGCUCGGCCACCUGAAGCAGAUCUUCCUCAGCCCGCAGUUCUGGACCGUUGUCCUCGUGGACGUGCUGUUCUGGAACGCCGGGAUUCACAAGAGUACCGGCAGCUUUCUCCUCUGGAUCAAGAGCCUGGGGCGAUACAGCCCAGCCCAGGUCAACGAGAUGGGGACCAUCGCACCGGCGUUGGGAAUCCUGUACAAUCUCGUGGCCUGCUUCCUAUCGGACUUGGUCCUGGGCCCGGCUUGGGCGAUCACCUUCUCCUCGCUCUGGAACGUCACCGGUCUCAUCAUGCUCGUUGUAUGGGACAUUCCCGAAGGCGCAAAGUGGUUCGCGUUCGCAACCAUGUACUGGUCGAAUGCGCUCUCGAGUGUCUUGCAUGGCUGGGUCAACACCAUCCUUCGCGACUCCCCUGAGCAGCGGUCCUUCACACUGGUCCUGAUCACCAUCAUCGCCCAGUCGUCGACGGCUUGGACACCCCUGCUCACCUUCCCUACGGUCGAGUCCCCAAACUACCCCAAGGGUUUCUCUUUCUGCCUUGGCUGCGCUGUGUCUCUGAUUGUGGCGACCCACAUCCUAGACGUUUACAUUAAGCGCAAAGAGAAAGCAAAACUCGUCCAACUCGGAAGCGACAGCGAUCGUGGGGACAGCGUCAGAGCUGCUCCAGGGGUGGCAUCCGGCAAGGGGGCGGGUGCGGAUGUUGCAAUAGUCCACUAA